AUGGAAGCUCGUAACCUCGAUCAUAGAAGGAACAACUUCAAGGGAAAGUCCUCUUUCUCUGCUCAAGAGCUUCGACGAAGAAGAGAGGAACAACAAGUAGAAAUCCGACGUCAAAAAAGAGAAGAAUCCAUCGCCAAGAGACGUAACUUGCAACCGAUCUCAGCUGAUGAUGGUAUCGAAUCGGAUGAUGAGACGGGCGUAGAUGUUGGUUCCCUCGCUGAUACCCUCCCUGGAAUGCUCCAAGCUGUUUACAGCGAUGAUCAAGAAGCUCAGUUGGAUGCUACCACCAAAUUCAGAAAGCUGUUGUCAAAGGAGAAGAAUCCACCUAUCGACAGAGUGAUUCAAUGUGGUGUAGUACCUCGAUUCGUAGAAUUCCUGUCUAGCAACAACACAAUGAUCCAAUUUGAGGCUGCCUGGGCUUUGACCAACAUCGCUUCCGGAACUUCUGAGCACACACAAGUCGUCAUCCAAGCUGGCGCUGUACCAUACUUCAUCCGCCUCCUCUCUUCCAGCGUGCUCGACGUUCGAGAGCAAGCUGUAUGGGCUCUCGGUAACAUCGCUGGUGACUCACCCAAAUGUCGAGAUCACGUCCUCGGCCAAGGCGCUCUCCAACCUCUCCUUGUCCUUCUCAACGAGAACCACAAGUUAUCAAUGCUCAGAAAUGCUACUUGGACAUUGAGCAACUUCUGUAGAGGAAAGAACCCUCAACCAGAAUGGGAAUUAAUCUCGCCCGCUCUUACCGUCCUUACCAAGCUCAUCUACUCCCUUGACGAUGAAGUCCUCAUCGAUGCUUGUUGGGCUAUCUCCUACCUUUCCGACGGUACAAACGAUAAAAUCCAAGCUGUUAUCGAAAGUGGAGUUUGUAGACGAUUGGUGGACUUGCUCAUGCACCCCUCCACUGCUGUUCAGACCCCCGCUCUUCGAUCUGUAGGAAACAUCGUCACUGGUGACGACCUCCAAACCCAAGUUGUCAUCUCAUCAGGUGCUCUUCCCGCUCUUCUCAGCUUGCUCUCAUCUCCCAAAGAAGGUAUCAGGAAGGAAGCCUGCUGGACUAUCUCAAACAUCACUGCUGGUUCGCCCAUGCAGAUCCAAGCUAUCAUCGAUGCCAACCUUGUCCCUCCCCUUGUCAACAUCCUUGCUAACGCUGAUUUCAAGACCAAGAAAGAAGCCUGUUGGGCCAUCUCCAACGCGACCUCAGGUGGUCUGCAAGAACCUAACCAAAUUCGAUACCUCGUCUCACAAGGCUGUAUCAAACCUAUGUGUGAUCUCCUCACUUCGAUGGACAACAAAAUAAUCCAAGUUGCCCUUGACGGUCUCGAGAACAUCUUGAAAGUUGGUGAUGUCGACAAAGAAGCUCAAGGUCCAGGUGGAGUCAACAAGUACGCUCAGUACAUCGAAGAAGCCGGUGGUAUGGUUAACAUCCACAACUUGCAACAUCACGAGAACUUGGAAAUUUAUAAGAAAUGUUUCUACAUCAUGGAUAAAUUCUUCCCCGACGAAGAUGAGGAAGAAGCCGAUGCUGCUGCACCAGCUGUCGACGCUUCGGGUCAAUACGCCUUCCAAUCUGAUGUUGCCGCUCCUCAAGGUGGUUUCAACUUUGGCCAGUAA